AUGGAUAUGGAAGAAUAUCAAACAAGUAAGAGUGAUAUUAAAGAGAUACACGAAAGUAGUAGUAUUAGCGGUAAUAAAACAACAACAACAACAAAUAAUUUAAGUAGUAAUAAUAACCCACCAAUCAAAAAAGAAUAUGAACACGAAUCAAGUUCAGAAUUUAAUAAUUAUAGUUAUGAUACAUCAAAUUUAGGAGCAGGAAGAAGAAGUGUAGAAAGCGAUGAAUUUAGAGAAUAUUUGUUAAAAGAAUUAUCUAUGCUCAAAUAA